AUGGAAGCUGGUCAUGGAAAAGGUGCUCCAGAUGGUGUUGGAGGGUGUCUAAAGAGAACAGCGGAUCGAGUUGCCGCUCAAGGUGGAGACAUAGAUUGUUUUGAAAGCUUUGUGAAGGUUUUAAAAGAGAACGUCAGAAAAGUAGAAAUAAUUUUGGUUUAUGAGCAUGAAAUCCAAUCAAUGAAAAGUAUUAUACCAUCAGAUAUCCCUUCUUUCAAAGAUACUUUUAAAGUACAUCAAGUUGUGCUUAUGAAAGAGUUUCCCAAUAAAUUAGUAAUGAUAAAACUCAGUUGUUUUGAUUGUUAUGAUUGUGACAAGUUUUCUUUAGGAUACCAUAAUAUUAUUUUACAAACUAAUGAGACAGAAGAUUGCCUAGAAAAUGUCCCAGUUGAAGUUGAAUAUGAUGCACAUACACAACCAACAUCGUCAACAUCAGGACAACAGUCAAAAGAUACUUCCUACGCCCCCGGAACCUACCUUCUGGUGAAGUUUGAAAAACAUUCUAAGAGGUCUAAAGAUGUUCUAGGUUUUCGUUACGUUUGUUGUGUUGAAAAACAGGACGAAGAUAAGUCUAUCACUGUAAACGGACUAAAACAACUUGGAAACUCCUCUACAGAAUUUAUUGUAACAGAAAAUGAUAACUGUGUAAUUAGUAUAGAUCAAGUUUUGCAGGUGCUUCCAAAUCCAAAUUUGUUAUUAAAAAAAAGAAAAGUGGUAUAUUUGUUUCCUUUUAAAGUUAAUGUCAAAGAACUCUAA